AUGUUUCGAAAAAUAGUAGAUUUUUGUACUAGAAAUUCUUUUCUUAAAAUUGUUGAAAGUUCUCCCACAAAUCAAUUGCUACUAGAACAGGGAUUACCUGGUACUCUUUUGGAAGAAAAUUUAAGGAGGGAAUGGUUUGAUAAUUUUUUGAAUAGUAAGGAAAUACCAGUAUUCUAUAGUAAAGGCGAUUUCAAGGAUACUUUUAUUUAUGCAAAAAGUUUAAUGAAUAAUAUGAUGCCAUUUGGAAUUAUUGAAGUAAUACCUAUAACAAAUAAAUUACCGGAUAUAAAAAAAGGUCCAAUUAACUUGAGUGAUUCAUCUGAGUUAACAGGAAAUUUCUCUGAUUAUUUCUUGAAUGAUUCUAGGUUAUUAUACACUGUUUUUAUGGCUCCUUCUAUGGCAAAUCAGUUAUUCCACCAAAUACAGAGACAGAGGAAAAUUUGGUGGCGAAAGAUUUCAGCAUCACCGGGCCGCUAUCAUUUGAGUGAUAUCCAGAAUGGUGAUUUGAAUUGUUCUAAGAGUUUUGUGAAUAUAAGUGCCAAAUAUAAAUGGGGAAAACGAACACUUGAAUCUAUAAGUUUGUUUUCCAACAAAUAUCCAGGAUUCACUAGCUAUGAGUUGUUGGUUAAAGAUGGAAGAAAAGACAUAGCAGCUAUUUAUAUUCAGAGUGAAACUAAUUUAUCACACCUUUUCCUGAACUCAUUGUGUGAUGCUUAUGAAGAACCACUAUUUCAAAAUGAAAAAAGGCCUUUACUAAGGUUCCACAGGAAAAUUGCUCCAUUCAAAAUAUCUUUCUCUAUUCCUUCAUCAACAAAUGCCGAGGCCUUAAAGGAACUUCAAGACUUGGCUUUAUAUCUAACUAAAUUAUUGCGAAACAAUUACAUUACAACAUUGCUUCUUCCAUUGAAUACAAGGAAAACUUUAGAAGCACAAUACAAACAGUAUGAUGAAUUAGGAAUACCUUUUACUAUCUACCUAAAUGAGAAUACUUUGAAAGAUGGAAUAACUUGGUUGAGAAGUCGUGAUUCAACUUUGAAGGAACAAGUGCAUGUAGCAGAGCUGGUUCGAUACAUAGAAAAAAUUUACAAGAAUUUUUGAUCGCAAAUCUAUCUAUAAUUGCUUCCUAAACAAGAAUAUAAUUAAGUUUUUACUAGUAAAAAUGGUAUUUUUCAAUUUCUGUAAUAAAAACACUGUAAAUAUCA